AUGUUUUCCUGAGUCGUAGUGAGAGGACCACACAACAUGUCAUGUGACUCCAAGUUUACUUAGAUAUGAUGGUUAUUAUAUCCAAUUUUUGCACAUAAAAGUGCCAUUCCACCACCAUUUCUCGCAUAAUACAUUAUACAGACACAAAAAUAUCCCACCUUGUCUAGCAUAUUUUGUUUUGUUGACAUGCUGAGGGUUUACAGACAAACAUUCUGUUUCCUUCAGACCUGUCGUGACAUUUUCUAUCUGACAUGUACAUCAAAAAUGUUGGAUGAAACCUGGUCACUGAAAAAAUGAAAAACAUCCCAAUAUUCCUUUCUUUGAUGUUUUUGUGGGCGGAUGGUGACCCUAAAAUCCAAGAAAGUAAUCGCAAAAAUAACUUUAUUGGAUGUUUUUUGGGAUAAUCCUAGUAAAACACAGAGCUACAAUAUCUGUCCCAUUCCAAAAUAUCAAGAAAGUGGACUGUAAUCCUGUAAUACAACCUGCAUUAUAACUGUUGGAUUUAUUCUCCCAUGUCAUCCAAUCCCAAACAGAGCGGCAACAUAUUCCUGCUUGACUACAAGAACCUGGAUGGAUUAAAGGCAAACGUGAUCCAUACGAAAAAACAGUACAUGGCGGCUCCUCUGGUUCUGCUCUACAGAACCCCUGAUGACAAGCUGGUUCCCAUCGCCAUCCAGCUGAAGCAGAAGCCUGCAAAAGACAACCCAAUCUUCCUUCCUACUGACUCUGAGUAUGACUGGCUCCUGGCCAAGAUCUUUGUGAGGAGCGCUGACUUUCAAGAGCACCAGCUCAACGUCCACCUGCUGCGCACUCACCUCCUUGCUGAGGUGUUCGCUGUAGCACUGCUGCGCAACAUGCCCAUGGUGCACCCCCUCUACAAGCUUCUGAUUCCACACACCCGCUACACCCUCCAGAUCAACCUCUUGGCCCGGGCAUUUCUAAUAGCUGAUGAAGGAGUUUUCCCUCAGAUUGCUGCUUCGGGCGGAGAGGCGAUGAAUGAGAUCCUGAGGAGAUCUGUGGCCUCAUUGACCUACAGCUCCCUCUGUAUGCCGGAAGACAUCACUGCACGAGGUCUGGAGUCAGUCCCCAACAACUACUACAGGGAUGAUGGACUCAAGCUGUGGGACAUCAUCCACAGGUUUGUAGAGGAAGUGAUUCGUUUCUAUUACAAGAGUGACUCAGAGGUCCGGGAAGACCAGGAGGUACAGAACUGGAUCAAGGAUAUCUUUGACCAUGGCUUCCUGGCCCAAGAAUGCACAGGAAUCCCUCAGUCUUUCUCUACUGUGCCAGAGGUCGUCAAGUUCGUCACCGUGGUGAUCUUCACCUGCUCAGGCCAGCAUUCUGCUGUCAACUCUGGACAGUAUGACUAUGGUGGCUGGAUGCCCAACACCCCCAUCUCCCUGCAACAGCCACCUCCCACCACUAAGGGGCAGUCUACUGAGAGCACCAUGCUGAAGACCUUCCCAGAUGUUGGCACAACAGCACAGGGCAUGUCCACCAUGUGGCUCCUUAGCAAGCAAUCCAGUGACUUUGUGACCCUUGGCCAGUACCCAGAGGAGCACUUCAACGAGAUACCACCCUGCAGGAUGAUUCAGAAAUUCCAGACGGAUCUGAAGGUCUUCAGCGAGUCCGUCAAGGCCAGGAACUCUGGACUACCAAUUCCAUACACCUACAUGGACCCUGCUUUGGUGGAGAACAGCGUGGCCAUUUAGAUAAGCCAAGGGCCUAGACCAGGGUCUAGUUCAUUGGGCACUAUUUGGAAAAAAACUGAGGGCCUACCUGGACUUUUCCAGUUAGGUUUAUUUUUGUUGUACUUUUUGCAGCUUUUAAAAAUGUUUUCCAUUGAGUGCCCUGAUGAACAUGACCCAAUGAUUCUGGAGGCAUGCGCUAGUAAACAUGCUUCAAUCUAUACAUUUUUUAUUGAGCAUGAUCAUUUUUGGGGCUUCAAUAAACUAAUGUCCCACUUCAAUCAGAUAAAGGGAAAUUGCACUGUGGGUUCAGUCAGAAUGUUAUCGCUGUAUCAGAAGUGUUAACUGUGUUAAACCAACACACACCGCCACAUGGUGUCUCUCACAGACUAAGAACACUUGUUGAUGUUAUUAUUACAUUUGUACGUGUUAAUGGAUGUUAAGAAAUACAGGGUAUUUUUUACAGAUUCAUUUCUGGUGCCAUAUAACUACGGACUACAGGGACUCCUGGUGAAAAUGAGUUCUCCUGCUAAAUGAUGUGACACUGAAAUGUUGAUUAAUAGUAAAGAAGUGUCAGAAUAAUAUGAGAGAACAAUAGGUGUGACUCUCAUUUACAAUUAAAAGCUAAUCAUUUUUAUCUCCAGUCUUCUUGUGAUAUUUGCCACAUCUCAUUUUGGUUGAAGCCUUGUCUACCUCAUGUAUUAAUUAAAAAAUAAAUGUAUAAAAUGAUGAA